AAAAUGGGAAUAAUCACGUAUCUCAUUUUUGUACUUGCAAUUUUUAUAUUUCCAAUUGCUUCAAUUUCGUGUCCAAGUGGCUUUACACUUCUAGUUUCUACAUCCCGUUGUGCAAAGUUUAUUUCUGGCGAGCUGAAUUAUGACGGAGCAACAUUGUCUUGCAAUUCUUCUGGGGGAAAGUUGAUAUCAAUUCAUAAUGCAAUCGACAAUCGUGUAAUGAUGCAGUUUGCGAAUUCAUCAAUAACCAACGAUAAUUACAAUUAUUGGCUCGGACUCAAGUGCUCAGAAACUGGAAAUCCAAACGCCUGUGCUUGGGCAGAUUCGACUAAAUUUAGCUACAGUGGAUUUGCAAAAGCUUAUCCAAACACAGGGUAUGGAAACUGUGUAUUUGUUGAGACAGCAGGGAAUAGUGCUGGACAGUGGUUCAGUGCUACGUGCAAUGCAAUCAGAACUAAUGCUAUUUGCGAAAUUGCAGUGAAUUCUUAAUGUUGAAAAGAAGAUAAUAAACAUGAUUCAAGUG